AACGUGAGCCGGCGCCCAUUUCAAUCGAGACGAGAUAAGGUUUUUACUUCACACUUCCUCUAAUCUCCUCUCCUCCCAAUCUCGUGGCUCUUAACUCCCUGUCCCUGUCCCUCUCUCUCUUCCUCUUCUCUUUUCCGUUCUCUUCCCUCCCUCAGUUGAAACAGAAAAAAAAAAAAGCAAUCUUCUUGCGUUAAACCCUAAGCAAUGACCGUAUCUCUCCAAGCUUCACUUCUCUGCAAUCCUUCUCCUUUUCUUCCCAAACGAAGCUUUCACCGUUGUUAUUUUCUUUCUUUCAGUCCAUCUUCAUUUCCCAAACUCUCUCGACCAUCCUCAGCUUUCUUAAAUUCCCGAUUUUAUUCCCGUCCUUUUUUAGCCUUUUGCACAUUGCAUCCCGAGAACGUUAACUCCGAGUCCAAAUUGGAUACUCAUGUGGAAGAUUCCAAAGCGUUAGUUUCGGAUUUUGACGGCCCGACAAUCGAUGGACUCGAGAAUGAGAGUGAGGGAAAUGAAGUGAAUAAUAACGGCGGGGAAACUGAGAAUGUGGCGGAGAGCGAGGGGCACAAUGAUAAAUUAGUGGAAAACGAAGGGGCCAAAAGCAAAAUUCCGGCAGUGGUGUUUUUGAUGGGAGUUUGGGCCAUGAUAAGAAACGGAAUGGAGAGAUUGGCGGCUUUGGAUUGGUUCAGUUGGUGGCCCUUUUGGCGUCAGGAGAAACGGCUUGAUCGCCUGAUUGCCGAAGCCGACGCAAAUCCCAAAGAUGCCGCUAAAGAAAGCGCUUUGUUAGCUGAGCUUAAUAAGCACAGUCCCGAGUCCGUGAUUAAGCGAUUUGAGCAAAGGGAUCAUGCGGUAGACAGUAAAGGAGUUGCCGAAUAUCUUCGAGCUCUGGUGGUCACUAAUGCCAUUGCUGAAUAUCUUCCGGAUGAACAAACUGGAAAGCCUUCUAGUCUUCCUACUUUGUUGGAAGAAUUGAAGCAGCGUGCAUCAGGGAAUAUGAAUGAGCCCUUUCUAAGCCCUGGAAUUUCUGAGAAGCAACCGUUGCAUGUGGUGAUGGUUGAUCCUAAAGUUUCAAAUAAAUCACGGUUUGCACAAGAGCUUAUUUCAACUAUCUUGUUCACGGUUGCUGUAGGAUUGGUUUGGUUAAUGGGUGCUGCUGCACUUCAGAAGUAUAUAGGAAGCUUGGGUGGAAUAGGAACUUCAGGUGUUGGAUCAAGUUCCUCUUAUGCCCCAAAAGAAUUGAACAAAGAAGUGAUGCCAGAGAAGAAUGUUAAAACAUUUAAGGAUGUAAAAGGCUGUGAUGAUGCAAAACAAGAGCUUGAGGAAGUAGUGGAAUACCUCAAAAACCCGUCAAAGUUCACCCGCCUUGGGGGGAAGUUGCCAAAGGGAAUCCUUUUGACUGGAGCACCUGGAACUGGAAAAACUCUACUAGCCAAGGCUAUUGCUGGGGAAGCUGGGGUACCUUUCUUCUAUAGAGCAGGAUCUGAAUUUGAGGAAAUGUUUGUUGGUGUUGGUGCUCGACGUGUGAGAUCCCUUUUCCAAGCAGCUAAGAAAAAGGCCCCUUGCAUCAUUUUCAUUGAUGAAAUAGAUGCUGUUGGAUCCACACGAAAACAAUGGGAAGGCCAUACCAAAAAAACACUACAUCAGCUACUUGUCGAAAUGGAUGGUUUUGAACAGAAUGAGGGAAUAAUUCUGAUGGCUGCAACAAAUCUACCUGACAUUCUUGAUCCAGCUUUGACAAGACCUGGUAGAUUUGACAGGCAUAUUGUUGUCCCAAAUCCAGAUGUGAGAGGUCGUCAAGAGAUUUUGGAGCUCUAUCUGCAAGAUAAACCUAUGUCUGAUGAUGUAGAUGUUAGAGCAAUUGCCCGUGGUACUCCUGGAUUCAAUGGAGCAGAUCUAGCAAACUUGGUGAAUAUUGCUGCAAUCAAAGCUGCAGUUGAAGGUGCAGAUAAGUUGACUUCUGCACAGUUGGAAUAUGCUAAAGACAGGAUACUUAUGGGUACUGAGCGUAAAACAAUGUUUUUAUCGGAAGAGUCAAAGAAGCUCACUGCUUAUCAUGAGAGUGGCCAUGCAAUUGUUGCUUUCAACACUGAGGGUGCAGAUCCAAUCCACAAGGCAACAAUCAUGCCCCGUGGAUCUGCUCUGGGAAUGGUUACCCAGCUUCCUUCAAGUGAUGAGACUUCAAUCAGUAAGAAGCAAUUAUUAGCUCGUCUUGAUGUUUGUAUGGGAGGAAGAGUUGCAGAAGAGAUCAUUUUUGGUCGGGAUCAUAUCACAACUGGGGCCAGUAGUGAUCUGAACACAGCUACAGAGCUUGCUCAAUAUAUGGUAUCGAGCUGUGGGAUGAGUGAUGCAAUUGGACCAGUUCAUAUCAAAGAGCGACCAAGUUCAGAAAUGCAGUCUCGCAUUGAUGCUGAAGUGGUGAAGCUUCUAAGAGAAGCGUAUGAUCGUGUGAAAGCCCUGUUAAAGAAGCAAGAGAAUGCAUUGCACGCACUAGCGAAGGUGCUUUUGGAGUAUGAAACACUUAGUGCGGAAGAAAUAAAGCGCAUUCUUCUCCCAUAUCGGGAAGGAGGAUUGACUGAGCAACAAGAACAACAGGAAGAGGGGGAGCUAGUAUUGGCUUAAAACUAAAACUCACAUCUGUAAUCUACUUGACUGUCGGGGAAGCUCUGUACAGUGUAUUUUAAGCACUACAGGUGAUUAUUUGUAAAAUUUCUUGCAAUUUUUUCCCCACCA